CAGCUGUAGGAACAAGAAGAAAAACACAUUUUUGAGUUGACUUGGUACACAGUUCUGGCAGUUCAGCAGCCAGCUGGCUGCAUCAGGAAGAGAGGAUCCCGGCCUUGCCGCCAAUAAAAGCCCCCAUUAAGGUUCAUUUGGUGAUUUUUGUUUUUUUUUAGUCCACACUGCCCUGAAAGGAUAAAAAAAGGAUAAGACAGCCAACAAGGCUGCUUGAAAAUGUUUUAAAAAGUCAGGAGAAGCUGAAGAAAGAGCAGGACACCCACAAUCAGUAACGUUACCAGACAUUUCCUUCAAAUGAGUUAACCACUUGGGUAUCAAAAUCUAGCGAGUAGAGGUUUCCAACAUGGCGGGAUCAGGCCCCUCGUUGUCUACCGGCUGUCGGUAACGGUUAGCGGAAGAAAGAGCAGGACACAUAUCACUGACAACCGCGACUGGGAGAACAAAAAACGCGUCCUCGCUCGUUUUUUCUCUGUGGUAACUGCCCAUACCCAGAAAACAUACAGCUUGUUAACUACUUAGCAGGCUAAUCAUUGGCAAGCUAGCAGAGCGCAGAGCCCGGGCUCCGGCAGCAGCAGCAGCAGCAGACAUCUCUCCGACCAUCAUGAUUCCUCAGCAGCAGCCGGUCCAGCGCCAGCCUCACCCCUCCAUCAUCAGCCAGAGAGUGCAGCUAACUUAUAAACUGUUCUUGCUGGAAAAUGCUCGCAACACACUUGAACAAGAGCUUCGCAAUUUAACCAACAAGGCCUAUGAAGAUGUCCAAGGUUUCUUGAAUUCAUCUUUUUCCACCUGUGUGUCCAGUGAUCUCGCAAAGGCCUUGGAUGUGAGAUGUCAAGCUAUUGACAAGCUCUCAGCUUCAUUAAAGGACCAAGCACUUGAGCCACCGGUUUGUGUACAGCCUAGUGGUAAAAACGGAGUGAGAAGAAACCAGCUUCAGCCACUCAGAGGCAAAUGGAUCCUAAAGACAGAUGUUCUCAAGUUUGGGCCCAUGUUGCAGAAUUCACUUAUGGCGAGCUCCAUAGCCAAAGCAGUCCAUGUGCUUGGAGCCACACUUCCCCAUCAGCAGCUGAAACACUUCCUCAACCCCCAGCCUACAGCCAGCCAGGAGGAUGACAUGAUACGCAGCGUCUCGUCCAGCUACAACAGCGCUGUUGUGGCUACAAGCUUGUCCAGUCACAUAGAGGCUGAAGAAAAAGAAAAAGAAGUUGUUUUUGAGGAGAAACGCCAACCAGAGGCUGCGAUUCUACCUCCCCCCACCAUUCAGAGUCCCAAGAUGAAUGCAGAGAGGCCACCACUACUACUACCUCCCAUUGAAGCUAUACUCGCAGAGAUCAGUAACCCUCAACCCAGGAACGUAACACCACUAAUCAGCUGGGGACGUGAGGAUGAUAUCCAGGUGCAACACCAAAAACAAACAUCUUCUCAGCUGCUGCACUUCCUCCGAGCAAAAGCUAAAACCAUGGGUGCACUGGAGGUCAGGGUCAUGGAGUGGAGCAAAAAUUGUACCAAGGCUUCAAGCUCGCCACAGUCAUCAUCUCCCACCAUCAAAAGCUACCAAUUCAGACAGGGCAUGGCAGAUGAUCUUAUCAACACACUAGCUCCGAAAACAUUGCUUGCAGACGUGGAAAACGAAGCCCCAGUCUUCAGGGUUAAACGUGUCGAGUCAAGCGGUUCUCUGACUUACACUUGUGUGAUUGCAACAAAGACUGAAUUGUGGGAUAUUGGAGACAUUUUCACAGAGGUGGGGCAGGCGAGCUCUGACGACAGCCCUUCGGAAAAUGAAGACUGCCAAAAUGAAACGGAUCAGGUGGAGAAGUCAUGUGUAAACAUCAAGUGGGAAACCCAGUGCACAGAUCCAGAACAUGAGAACAAUUCUGCUGGCGUAAAAACGCCAGCCACCAAUAGUAUAAACAUUCCCGAGUUCCAAGUCCGGAGGUUUGAAGAGACCGAGGUUGUGGUGUCUCAUAUUGUCAAUCCAGGCAGCUUCUACAUCCAGCACGCAGACUCCCUAAUGAAGCUGCAAGCCCUUGUCACAGACAGCUGGAAAGGCAGUAGUUCAUAUGCCGAGCAGAACUGCAUUCCAGACAUUGGAACCCAAGUAAUGGGUUGGUUCCCUAAGCAAGAACAAUGGUGCAGGGCUCAGGUGACGAAGAUAUGUGGAGUAAGUGGAGAUAAUAAUGCCACGGAUGGAGCUGCGAGUGAGACAUCCAUCAAGGUGGAGGUGAGGAGGCUGGACCAUGGUGAUACUGCCUGUCUGUCGCUGUUGAACAUCAAGGAGAUGACCCCAGAAAUGGCCAACUUAUCACUCCAGGCAGUGCAGGUCUCACUGGCAAAUGUGAUGCCUGUGAAUGGGAGCAACUGGUCUGAGGAGGCAGUUGGCUGGUUCAGAGCAAUGGUGCACAACAGGACGCUCUAUGCCAGACUCUACCCACAGGGGCCCAAAGUUACAGUCGAGCUGUUCUUAGAAAAGGGAAAGCUCGGAGCUAUGAGGAGGGGUGCAUCACUGUCUUUGAGACUGGCCCAGAAUGGACAUGCUAGACACAACAAACUGAAGAAUGUUGGUCUCAUGAAAAGAAGUGCUGUUCACGUUAAAAUGAGAAAACAGGACUCUGACUGGGAGAAGUACCUCAUCUCAUGCUACACUCAGAGUAGGAAGUAAUCUAGGAAGCAGGGAACGUGUGUGGUUUUGUGACAGCCAACUAAUGUCACAUUUAAAACACAAAAGGAAGUCGUGCUGUGUAGCAGAAAUCAUUCUUAAUUGAGAGCUUUAAUUUUAUCAUCUAAUUUAGUUUGACCAUCUGUGUACAAAUGCACACACAGUGGACUUUUAGUGAAGGCUACACAUUGACAAACUGCUGUGAUUGGCACGUUGCAGUACAAGAACAAAUCAAGGAUAUUUAAAUAAAAUAAAACUGAAGGUAUGGACUUUAGAGUAAUCAGCUUUCUUGUGUAUUUUUCUGUCUUACAUUGCAGUUCAUAACUAGUGAAUGCAAGUGUAAAACUGCUGUCCUCUAUUAUUUAAAUGUGAUUUCUAUUUUGGUCUUUUGCUUUAAUAUUUUUUUUUUUAUUUUAGAGUCAAAAAGAUGUUGACUUGAUUGUCUUCAAAGGGAUGAUAAAGAGUAAAAAUACAAAAAUGGAAUGUCCCAAUUUUUUCUUCAUAACCUUUUUUUAUACUUGAGAGGACGUCAAUACCAAAUUAGUGGUACAUGUUGUAUUAUUUUGAACAUUUCCUAACCUGUCAAGACAGUUUUGUGUGCCUGUGGUCUAAACUUUCCAUAAAAGCAGGAAAUCAUUAUUAUUAUUAUUAUGAUUCCAACCACUAGAUGGUGCCAGUUCAGUCAGAUUACCUGCUCUCUAUUAAGUGAUACUUGGAUUGUCUGUAUGCCACAGUUCUUUUGUCAAUCACCUUAUUUUGAUAAUAAUCAUUAUUAACAGUGUGUUGCCUCAGUUAAUAUUGAGUUCUUGUAUAAUGGCAGAUCUAUUAUUUUGAUUGUAUGUCUCUGCUUUUGCAAUAAAACUGUGUUAUCUACAAUUAUA